AUGCGAGCGUGCUAUAUAAGCGCUCGCCGGCCCUUCCGCCCUCCUUUUCGAGGCGUGGUGGUGGUGCGCGCGGAGCUCUGCCCGUCCGCUCCCGUCCUGACUCACCGCUGUUCGCUCCCGCCGAGGAACAAGUCGGUCAGGAAGCCGCGCCGCAGCCAUGGCUUUUAAAGACACCGGGAAGACGCCUGUGGAACCCGAGGUGGCGAUUCACCGGAUUCGGAUCACGCUCACCAGCCGCAACGUGAAGUCGCUGGAGAAGGUGUGUGCCGACCUGAUCAGAGGCGCGAAGGAGAAGAAUCUGAAGGUGAAGGGGCCGGUGCGCAUGCCUACCAAGACGCUGAGAAUCACGACAAGAAAAACACCUUGUGGUGAAGGUUCCAAGACAUGGGAUCGUUUCCAGAUGAGAAUCCACAAGCGACUGAUUGAUUUGCACAGUCCUUCCGAGAUUGUCAAGCAGAUCACGUCCAUCAGCAUUGAGCCAGGAGUGGAGGUUGAAGUCACUAUUGCAGACGCCUAAGUCAACUUUUUUAAUAAAUUGACUUACCUGGUUAA